UUGCUGGUUUUAUCUAUGGAGCUGCAGAGAUACCUGCUGUGCCUGGAGUUUGUACUCCUUAAAGAGUUUUGUCAGUGUUUCAACAUAGACGUAAAGCAUCCACGCAUCUUCACCGGUCCAGAGGAGGCCCUGUUUGGCUUCUCUGUUCUACAGCAUGAAGCAGAUGGAGAAAAAUCGAUGCUGGUUGGUGCUCCUUGGGACGGGCCACCCGACAACAGGAAAGGAGAUGUGUACAAAUGUGUUGUGGGAGAAGAAAGGAGCUCAGAGUGCAACAAAGUAAAUUUAGGUGAGACUGCUCUCCGGAAUGUCUCUAAAAAUCUGAAGAAUUCUCACUUGGGAAUGACCCUAACACCAGAUUCCCCCGAUGGCUUCUUAGCGUGUGCCCCUCUUUGGUCGAAGGAGUGUGGCACAUCUAUGUUCAGCAACGGCAUCUGCGCUUCUGUCAGCGAUGAUCUAAAACCAAGAAAGCCCAUCGCUCCAACUGUGCAAAGGUGUCCCACAUACAUGGAUAUCGUGAUCGUCCUGGAUGGCUCCAACAGCAUCUACCCCUGGUACGAAGUCCAGAACUUCCUCAGCAACAUCCUCAGCAAGUUCCACAUCAGCUCGGAUCAGAUGCAGGUUGGCAUCCUGCAGUAUGGUGAGGUCGCUCUCCAUGAGUGGUCUCUGAAGGACUACCAGACCACACAGGAGGUGGUGGAGGCUGCAAAGAACAUCAGCCGACAAGAGGGACGAGAGACGCGCACUGCAUUUGCUAUCCAAAAGGCCUGCACGGAGGCAUUCAGUGCCGAGCGAGGAGCAAGAGAGGGCGCCACCAAGGUGAUGAUAGUGGUGACAGACGGAGAGUCCCAUGAUGGGGAGGACCUGCCCGAUGCUCUGGAGAGCUGUGAGAGUAGAAACAUCACCAGAUAUGCCAUCGCUGUUCUUGGCCAUUAUAUCCGGAAACAGCAGGAUCCCGAGACGUUCAUUAAUGAAAUCAAGUACAUUGCUAGUGACCCAGAUGAUAAAUACUUUUUCAACGUCACCGAUGAAGCUGCACUGAAUGACAUUGUGGAUGCUCUGGGAGAUCGAAUCUUCACUUUGGAAGGCAUGCUGGGCUACAACCAGAGCACAUUCCAUAUGGAGAUGUCCCAGAUCGGCUUCUCCACGCACACACUGGAUGAUGGUAUUCUGUUUGGGAUGGUGGGCGCAUACGACUGGGAUGGUGGAGUGUUGAAGGAAGGGACCAAUGGACGAAUCAUUCCCCCCCGAGAGGCCUUUGAAAGCGAAUUUCCAUUAGAGUUUAAGAAUCAUGCUGCUUAUUUAGGUUACACGGUGUCCUCUGUGCUCAUUGGUGACUGGAGGAGGCUGUAUGUAGCUGGGGCUCCUCGAUUCAAACACAAAGGCAAAGUCAUUCUGUUUGAACUCAGUAACUAUGGCGACGUAGAGAUCGUACAGGCAUUAAAUGGUGAACAGAUUGGAUCUUACUUUGGCAGUGAAGUGUGUGGACUGGAUAUCGAUCAGGAUGGCAUCACAGAUGUCCUUCUGGUUGCUGCUCCAAUGUACCUUGGUUCAGGGAACAAGGAGGCUGGUAAAGUCUACAUCUACACCUUAAGUGGGGAGCAGGUUUUUGUACAUAAUGGCACUCUUAGGUCAGACGAAAAGUCCCAGGAUGCCAGGUUCGGGUAUACGCUGGCGGCUGCUCCAGAUCUGAACCACGAUGGCUUCAACGAUCUAGUGGUGGGAGCUCCACUGGAGGAUGAACACAGAGGGGCCAUCUAUAUCUACCAUGGAGAUGGUAUUCACAUCAUCCACGAUUAUAAACAGCACAUACUGGGGUCGUCACUUUCCCCCUCCUUGAAGUAUUUUGGCCGAAGCAUAAGCGCGCGGUUGGACUUGGAUGGAGAUGAUUUAAUAGACUUGGCAGUGGGAGCACAGGGCAGUGCUGUGCUGCUCAGCUCCAGAAGCAUCGUCAAGAUCAACGUGAAUCUCUCCUUCCAGCCGCACUCCAUCAAUGUGAUUCAGAAGACCUGUCAGAGGGGAGGCAGAGAAUCGGCCUGUCUGAACGCCACGGCCUGCUUCAAAGCCGUCUCCCGCUCCUCUGGACGACAGAACAAUGCUUUCGAUCUCUGGGUUUCGGCCACAUUGGAUGACAGGAAGUUGUCAGCGAGGGCUCUGUUUGACGACAGCUCCCACCGGCAGACCCAGAUGUCCGUUCAUGUCAGCACAGGACAAAGUUUUUGUUACAAGCUGCCCUUCCACGUCUACGACACGGCAGAUUACAUUCGUCCAAUCCGCUUCUCACUGGCGUUUAAGAUCAACAACACAGAGACUGGGCCAGUUCUGGAUGAAGGCUGGCCAGUCACUGUCAACAAAUCGAUCCCCUUCUUUAAGGACUGCGGGGAAGAUGACGUCUGCACGACAGACCUGGUGCUGCAGGCGCACAUGAACGUCUCUGGAACGAGACAGAAGCCUUAUGUGAUUCGCAGCCCUCGUAGGCGUUUGGCAGUGGAAGUGGUGCUUCAGAACAGACUGGAAAACGCCUACAACACCAGCCUGACGCUGCACUACUCACGCAACCUCCACUUUUCCAGCCUUAGCAUCAGGGACGAUGCCCACCUUAAGAUAGAGUGUACAACACUUGGCUCUAACAGCCACUCAUGUAAUGUGAGCUAUCCAGUGUUUCGAUCUCAGUCGAAGGUUCACUUUCUAUUGGAGUUUGAGUUCAGCUGCACAUCUUUACACAAUCGAGUGCAAAUGAAGCUCAGUGCUGCCAGUGACAGCGUGGAGAGAGAAGAUACUCUGGGGGACAACAGUGUGCAACUGCAGAGUUUUGUUCAGUACGAGCCAGACCUCUAUAUUAGCAGUUUCUCAAAUCUGAACCGUUACGAGGUUCAUCCAACACGGACAGUGUCAGAAGCAACUGGACCAGAAUUCUACACACACAUCAGGCUGCAGAAUCUGGGCUGUUACUCUGUGAGUCAUUUGGUGCUGCGGCUGUAUCUGCCCUCCGUGGCUGCAGGAGACAGAGUCUUCAUGACUGUGACAGAUGUGUCCUCCAACAAUGCCACAGGCGUGAACUGCAGCGUGCUGAGUGAAGUAGCUCAGCUGAAGGCCAGGCAGAGGGAUGUACGGCCCCUUCAUCCUGAGGACAUGAUGAAUGAUGAAAUAUUGAACUGCAGCAGGGCGUGGUGCACAGAGGUCGUGUGCAGGGUCCAGAAUCUUGUGCAAGGUGCCUUCAUCCGAGUCAGCCGCAGAGUUCACGAUGAUUUUUUCAGAAAAGCCAAAUAUAAGUCAGUGAGGAUAGUUGGAACCUACACUGUCUCGGCCCAAGAAAAUAACCUCAUCACUCUUGGCACAGGAACUAUUUGGGGGGAGACCGUACUGGAAAUGCUGAAGGGUCGAGCUAUUCCCAUCUCCCUCUGGAUCCUGAUUGGUAGCAUCAUAGGAGGUCUGCUCCUCCUGGCCCUCAUUAUUUUCAUACUCUGGAAGCUCGGAUUCUUCACACGCAAACACAGAGGCGAGGACGAAAACCACAAGGACUGA